AAUCAUUUCAGUGGCGCACCAUCUUGGUUGAACUUUCACCCCUACGGUUUCUUUUGUUUUGAUGUCUCGGAGCAUUAUUUUCACUCACCGAACUCGGGUUUUGACUCUCUGCUAACAAAUGACACAGUCUUAAAUGACACACAGAAUAUGUUUCAAAUACGUCGAUCCAACUGUCGGUCAAAUGUAAAGCUCGUUUAAAAUAAUUUUUUUUAAAAACUCGCUGACUUUAGCUGCCCAGCAUCACUAUGCAGCUUUUUCCAGUCUGAUUUUUCUAAUAUCUCGUUAAAGAACGGGUCGUCAGUCAGUACAUCCGGACAGCCGAGUCAACCUCGACGUUCACUCGCUGUCUUAGCAACGCUUGUCACCUUGUCAACUGGAUAACAGCCAGACUAAUACAACUGAUUAAUGUUACAACCGUCAGAAGUUCCACGUCUGUUUGGUCACGUUUAAGACCGCAGAGGACGACGGUGUAGAUCUUUCAAUGGGCGAGGAGAAGCCAGAACCACUAGAUUUUGUGAAGGACUUUCAGGAGUACCUGAGUCAACAGACCCAACAUGUCAACAUGAUAUCUGGUUCUGUCAUCGGAGCCAAAGACAGUGAUGAUCUCCAAGGAGAACUUGGUCAGAAUGGCCUAGAGCACCCUGCAGUGGACAUCUCCUUAGAAGAUAGUUCAGGGAUGUUGGUGGAUGGCUUUGAGAGAACAUACGAUGGUAAACUCAAGUGCCGCUAUUGCAACUAUGCCACCAGAGGCACUGCACGUCUGAUUGAACACAUUCGCAUCCACACAGGUGAAAAACCCCAUAGAUGUCACCUGUGUCCAUUCGCUUCAGCGUACGAGCGCCACCUGGAGGCACACAUGCGUUCUCACACAGGCGAGAAGCCUUACAAGUGUGAGCUCUGCUCCUUCCGCUGCAGCGAUCGCAGUAACCUUUCACAUCACCGGCGUCGAAGACACAAACUCCUCCCCAUGAAGGGUGCACGCUCCGCUCUCUCUCACCGAAAGAUGCUCAGUGUUUUGCAGAAGAGAGGAAACUCACUUGGUUAUGGCCGCCGGCUGCUCAUCAACCUCAGCCCGCCAUCCAUGGUGUUGCAAAAGCCCAGCUCAGAGCAGCACCACCUGGGUGACUUCUCUCAUGAUCUCCCUCCCCACGCCCACCUCCAUCAGGAGGCCUAUAAUGGUCUAGGAAAGGAUGCACAAGUUAGUGGAGUAAUUGGAAGUGGCUCCAGGGAGGAGCAAGACAUGGCAUUGGACAACCCGCUGAACCAGCUUUCAACUUUGGCCGGUCAGCUUGCCAGCCUACCACCGGAGGCCCAAGGUGCACCGGUGUCUCCCGGAGCAGAAUCUCUACCAGACGAAAAACCCACAUUCCUCAUCCAACAGCCUGUGAUGGCACCUGCUGCCGUCUCUGUCAGCACGGCUCAAGCUUCUUCUCCCAUCACCCCCGAGCCCAGACCAGCUGCGCACAGCGGCUGUAGCCCUGGAGUUGGACCCUGCAGCGAAAGAACCAGCACUCCCAGUGGUACCAACAGCCAGCCAGGGACGCCAACCCAGGUACAGGACCCCCAGAUGCUCCACCACUGCCCCCACUGUCACAUAUAUUUCCCUGACAACAUCCUUUACACCAUCCACAUGGGCUGCCAUGGUUAUGAGAACCCUUUCCAGUGUAACAUAUGCGGACACAGGUGCAGAAACAGCUAUGAUUUUGCCUGUCACUUUGCGAGAGGCCAGCACAAAUAAGGACACAUGGAUAUUGAUGUCCUCUUCUUUGCCCUCUGUUACAUAAUAAUAAAAUUCUAUUAUCUGGAACAUUCCAAAGACAAAAUCCCUUCUUUGUAAUUAUUGUAUUUGAACUGUUAUCCGUAUGUUAUGCUGAAGCAAAAACUAUAGAAUCCAAGACGUGUCGCUUGUAUAGUUUUGAAUGGAGAAAAAAUGCAACGCUCAUUGUGGCAGCUUUAUCGAAGGAAGCCCCGCCUUUUGAGUAAAAGAGCCCAUCGCCAAUCGGUAAAGGCAUCGCAUCACUGCAGCUGUCAUUAUAAGUCCCGGUUGCUAUAGAAACGGUCAGCAUUUUGAGAUGCGCGCUUAGGACUGAACAUGCGCAUUUGCUCGUCUUGAGUGAAAAUAAGCUUUUUUUUUAAGGCUAUUGGAGCAACAAUUAUGAGAUGGUUGUUUCAUUGGUGAUUUCAAAUAUGAAAUUUGACUAUAAGCUUAGCGAACAGUUUUGGAGAAUUUAAAGUUAUCCCAUUCAAAUAGAUAGGAGCUGCACUUGCAUGCUGAGAGGUGUUUUAAAGAUGGCCGCCAAGUGACAUGACUUGCCCUAAAGAUACUUUGACUGAAGUCAGAAAUCCACAUUCGGAGUGUAAAACUGGUCUUUGGAAAUGUUGAUGCUAAUGGUGUCCUCACAUCAAAAAUUAGCAUCCCAGAUUAUUCUAGUUCGAGAUCUUGAGAAUUUCAUCAAAUUGUCAGAUUUUGUCUCAACUCUUUCGUAUAAGUGCCAGAGUUCAGUAAUCAGUGCCUACAGUUAUUUUCUGAAAGUUGACCCUUACAUUUUUUAUUAUUUUUAUUUUUCACAUUUCAAAUUCAUUGACAGUAAAUGUAUUGGCUAUUCUUACACUUUGGAUUUAAAUGCAGUAUAAUGACAUUGCUACAUUUUUUAAUGUAUUUAAUUUUUAUUCAUCACAAAUGAUUCCUCGUUUCUUAAGAGAGCUGCAUUAUUUAAUCUUAACUUAAGUCAACAAGAUCGUGAUUGAAGAUGAAAAUCUAUAGCACAGCUAAGUUGAUUGUUUAGCAGUGAGAAAUAGUUUACUGUAGUAGCCUGAAGUCCUUUCUUUACUUAGCACAAUCACACAUAGCUGUAUACACUGUUUUUUUAAAGCAGUGUUGAAGAUUAUUUUGAGCAGUGAGAGCACACUGUUCUCUCUCUUUCACUUUGUUCCUCAUCGCUACCACCAGUGCCAUGUUGUAGAUGUUAUUUGUAAGAUUUUUGGAAGCGUCUGUGGUGCUACUAUUUAAACAUUUCAUAUAACUGUCUGCAUAAUGAACUAAAUUAUCAGAUAAGUAUUGAAUAACAUGUUUUGGUGGAUUUGAUGUUGAAUGUCAAUAAACCUGACUCAUGCGAUGUGUACUGAAA